AUGGCAACUAUAGCUCUUGCCUCCUGUGAUCCGAUUUCCAGGGUACGUAAAGGUAAAGGACAGAGGUGGACUGACUACGUGAUUGACCCUGCCGAUAACUUCUACUACCGGUGGCUGCUGGUGAUCACGGCCGCCGUGCUGUACAACUGGACCAUCCUCAUCACCAGGGCGGUGUUUCUCCAGCUCCAGGCGGACUACUGGAGACUGUGGAUGACGCUAGACUACAUCUGUGACGCCAUCUACAUCAUGGACAUGGCGGUCAGGUUUAGAACAGGAUACCUCGAACAAGGCCUGUUGGUGAAAGAUGUGAAGAAGCUGUGUAAACACUACAUCUCCACGUUCAACUUCAAGUUGGACUGUCUGUCCAUCCUGCCGCUGGACCUCCUGUACAUCGCCCUGGGGACGGUCGACCAGCCCGAGCUGCGCUUCCCCCGCCUGCUGCGGGUCCGCAGGGCGCUGGAGUGCUUCGAGCGGACGGAGACACGGACGAACUUUCCCAACCUGUUCCGCAUCAUCAACCUCGUCCUCUACAUCUUCAUCAUCAUCCACUGGAACGCCUGCUUCUACUUCGCCAUCUCCAGCGCCCUGGGGUUCGGUGUGGACGGAUGGGUGUACCCCAACACCUCGUACCCUAUCAACAACACUCUCAGCAGGAAAUACAUCUACAGCCUGUACUGGUCCACCCUGACGUUAACGACCAUCGGUGAGACGCCGACGCCGGAGCAGGAUAUCGAGUUCGUGUUUGUGGUGUUCGACUUCCUCGUCGGCGUGCUGAUUUUCGCCACCAUCGUCGGUAACGUGGGCACGAUGAUCACCAACAUGAACGCCGUCAGAGCCGAGUUCCAGGCCAAGGUGGACGGCAUCAAGCAAUACAUGGAGUUCCGACAGGUGUCCAAGGACCUACAGAACAGGGUCAUCAAGUGGUUCGACUACCUCUGGACCAACCAGAAGUCCCUGGACGAGGAGGAGGUGCUGAGGUCCCUGCCCGACAAGCUGAAGGCAGAGAUCGCCAUCCACGUCCACCUGGACACGCUGAAGAGAGUCUCCAUCUUCUCCGACUGCGAGCCGGGACUGCUGGUCGAGAUCGUGCUGAAGCUAAAACCACAGGUCUUCUCACCCGGAGACUACAUCUGCAGGAAGGGGGACAUCGGGAAGGAGAUGUACAUCGUGAAACAGGGUAAGCUGGCUGUGGUUGCAGACGAUGGAGUCACCACGUUCGUCACUCUCAGCGACGGGAGCUACUUUGGAGAGGUCAGCAUUCUUAACAUCACCGGUAGUAAAACCGGAAACAGACGGACAGCCAACGUGCGCUCCAUCGGCUAUUCAGACCUUUUCUGUCUGUCUAAAGACGACUUACUAGAUGCCUUAAAGGAAUACCCUGACGCCAAGAACAUCCUCGAAGAUCGCGGCAGGAAAAUCCUUAUGAAGGACGGUCUCCUGGAUGAAACAGUUCCGAACGCCGGGAAACUCGCCACGCCCAGGGACGCCGAAGACAAGAUAGAGAAGAUGGAGCAGAGUCUGGACACGCUACAGACAAGAUUCGCCCGUCUCCUCGCGGAAUUCUCCUCUUCGCAACAGAAACUGAAGAAGCGGCUGACCAAACUGGAGCAGAAUCUCUCGGAAAAAGGCGGGAAGCCACGGGCGGCACAGGACGGGAACGACUACAGCAGUGAUGAUGAGCUGACGUGUUAGAGACAGUGACGACAAGGUAACGUCCUCAG